AUGGAACAGCUGUUUUGCCAGCCAACUACAUCAGCCGCUACUGCUCCACCCGUGGGCCGGGGCCAGCCACCUACAUCAGCCGCUACUGCUCCGCCUGUGGGCCGGGGCCAGCCACCUACAUCAGCCGCUACUGCUCCGCCCGUGGGCCGGGGCCAGCCACCUACAUCAGCCGCUACUGCUCCGCCCGUGGGCCGUGGCAAACCACCAACAUCCGCAGCUGCUAUUGCUCCGCCCGUGGUACGUGGCCAACAUCCGCCACCAGCAGCUGCUGCUCCGCCCGUGGGCCGAGGCAAACCACCAACAUAA